UGUUGCUUGAAGAGGAAGAGGCCGGUUGGCUGGUGGCAGUCAGAGGGAAAUCUACUAUCCAACAGAGACUCCAAGAUGGCUAUUGAACCCACCCUUGCCGCUUUGGCCAAGAAGACCAACUGCGAAAAGCAGAUCUGCCGUGUGUGCUACGCGCGCCUCCCGCCGCGUGCCACCAACUGCCGCAAGAAGAAGUGCGGGCACUCGAACCAGCUCCGCAUCAAGAAGAAGAUCAAGUAAAUGAGUUCGCCCCAUUCCUUCGACGCUGGCGUCUUGCGCUUCAAGACGAUCUCUCGUUGCUGUCGGUACGAUCGCGCAUUGCGCGUAAUAUACGACACUGAUCUUUUCCCUCGCC